AUGCUGAAGCAAUGCGACAGCGUCGAGGGGCGGACCUUGAAUACCAAGAAAUGGAAAGGAACGCAAAUGCUGAAGAUGAAGCGACAUCGUCGACAGAUGGAAAGGGCAAAUGCUGAAGCAAUGCGACACCGUCGGCAGACGGACAUUCAAUAUCAAGAAAUGGAAAGGAUUGCAAAUGCUGAAGCAAUGCGACAAUGUCGACAGACCGACUAUCGCGAAUCGGAAAGGCUUGUAGAUGCUGAGACAAAACAACAAGGAUGA